CAAAAGUCUAAAAGGCAAAAAACACUUUUAUCUGUUUUGUGAUUCAUGUCAUAAUUCUUUUCUUUUGUUGAAAUUUUUUUAUUUCUUCUGUGCAUUUGAUUUUCUGUGCAAAAAGUUUCAGGGUUAUUUGUCAAAGAUCAGGAAAAAUGAUGAAAAAGAAGCACCAAGGAGACCCUAAUGAGCACUCAACCGAUAGUUGUGAUGAAAAUCAGAACAGUGUGGUUGAGUGUCCCCACAUCAACAAGUCCGUAGAUCUUCAAAAAAUCAAAAAGUCAUUAGUGAAAUCAGGUUUCCUAAAAGAUUGUGAAGAAUGCAAGAAAGUACCCCAAGUUACUCAAGAUGACGAGAUGGAAUUAGAGUAUGAUUUAAGCCUUUGGAUGUGUUUGAGGUGUGGGAAUCAAGCUUGUGGUAGGGGAAAGAAUCAGCAUGCCAUCAAACAUUUUGAAACUCCUCAUUCGGAUGAACAUUGUCUCUGUGUUAAUACGACAAUCUGGAACGUAUGGUGUUAUAAAUGUGACGAUGAGGUGAACAUCUCUUGUAAAAGGAAGUUGCUUGAGGCUGUUGAGUACUUAAGAAAACAUAGUGAAUCUUUUCAUAAGCUGCCAGUUAAUAAUCCAAUUCCCCAAAAUGGUCUAGAAAUCAUACCGCUUCCAGAACCCCAAAAUCUGCUAAACAACGCCACUGCGAAAUCUACAUAUUUACCGCGUGCACGCGGAUUAACGAACCUAGGUAACACAUGCUUUUUCAACUCUGUGAUACAAUGCCUGGGCCAAACUCCCUAUCUGCUGGAACUUCUGUGCGAAGCGGAAAACCCGGGGCAACAUAUAGUUUUACCUGGAGGCAAGUUGGAUCCUUCCAACAAGGAUUCCCCCGAGUUGCAGCCAAUAGCCGAACUUUUCAAAAUGUUCGAAAAUAUUUCAAACGAAAACCGAGCCCCAGGAACCGCAGUUCGCUUCAAGAAAUUCCCACGAGAACUGGGGAAAUGGAAACCUCUGACGAAUGUGUUAGCCGAUACUCUUAGGGAGUUGAGAAGCGGAAGGGCAGAAGUGUACACUCCGAGAUUGUUGCAUUCGAGGGUCACCAAUCGUUUACCCCAGUUCGCAGGGGGGGAUCAGCACGAUUCCCACGAGCUACUGCGGCACCUUCUGGACGCGACAAGGGAGGAGGACAUCAAGAGGUAUCAAGCGCUCAUUUUGGAGAAUAAAGGCUUUAAAGAUGUGAAUCCGGCCACCGUAAGCGACGAAGAUAAAAAAAUGGUCAAGUUUUACGCUCACCAAGCCGAAGCGUUGUUGCCCAUCGAUCAAAUCUUCAGAGGGGUGCUGGUGAGCACCCUUCAGUGUCAGGAGUGCAGACAUACGUCGCACAGGGACGAGAACUUCUUGGAUUUAAGUUUACCCGUCGUAGAGAAACAAUUGCCGCCGAGGAGGAAGGCGGAGGAAAUAGAGGAGAAGCCUUCGAAGCACCAGAUCAAAAAGGAGAAGCGAGCCGAAAGGAAGAAGAACAAGCAGCAAAAAUACCAAAAAUUCCAGUUCAACGGAUCCGACGGUACCAACUCGUUGCAGAACAAUGGUAAAAUCGAAAAGUCUGACAGCGAAUCUGAUGCCGAUGUCGAGGAUAACGCUGAGGAUUCGACGUCCAUGGGUAAUCAAGCAGACGACGCGCCGAUCAAAGGCACAGAGUCCGGUUAUAAUUCCGACAAGGUGUACAACAACAGCAGCCCCGAUUCCAACGAUAGGGGCAUGUCUCCCGUCACGCACGUGGACGAUAGCGGCAUCCCCAGCCCCACUUCCACCGGCGUCAUGAACCUAUCCCCAUCCGGCGUGACCAAGAUGUUCUCCAACAGCCUACCCUCCAGCCCGUCUUCCAUCGGAACCAAUUACGCCGAUAUGGGGAGUCCGAUCUGCGGACACAACAGUCCCAUCGAGGAAGACAAACCGGAGGAUAUGGAGAGGCCGGAGUCUAGGCUGUCGUUCAACAACAACAAUAACAACAAUAGGAGUAGCGAUUUGAAAGUUGGCCUGGAAAAACUGAUCCUCAACGAUGGAGAUUCCGCCAAAGUUAAUUUCUUGUGCAAUGAUAAUAACGCGACGACGUCGAACUACGAGAGGAGUCUGAGUAACGAGGAUGAAAAGAUGGAAGAGGACGAUGAACCUCAGGAGGAUCCCAACAUGUGGACCACCACGUUUUCUCCAAGGUAUCAGUGCAAAGAGUUGGAGUGUUCUAUUCAAUCUUGCUUGAACCAAUUCACCACCUGGGAGUAUCUCAACGGGUGCAAUAAGGUUACUUGUGAUGCUUGCACUGAACGACUAGGGGGGCCAGAAAAGAAAGUUCAAUACAACAACGCCACUAAACAGUUGCUCAUCUACAAUCCACCGGCUGUCUUGAUAUUACAUCUGAAACGGUUCCAGGUUUUCAGGUUUCGAUCGGUGAAAGUAUGCAAAAAUGUGAAUUUCCCCGCUGUCCUAGACAUAGCCCCAUUCGUUAGCAAGCGGUCCAGAAGUUUGCCAACCUUCCAAGAGGACCAAACCAAAAUUCUCUAUUCUCUCUAUGGAGUUGUAGAACAUUCAGGCUCCAUCAACGGCGGUCAUUAUGUGGCGUAUGUUAAAGUGAGGCCCCAACUGGACAAGAACAGCUACAGAUGGAAUUUUUUGCCGAGGAAUCAGGCAGCUAAAGUCGAUAAAAUACCACCGCCGAGCGACCCCGAAGUUCCAAGUGGAAAGUGGUACUACAUAAGUGAUUCGUUUGUCACGGAAGUGACCGAAGAAAAAGUCCUAGCUUCGCAAGCAUACCUCCUAUUCUAUGAACGUAUAUUAUAGAUCUCAUACCUGAUUCGUUUUCGAUUUACAUAAUUUAUUUAUACUUCUCUAGAAUAUUUUAAUUACACUUUUAAAUCAUGAAUUUAACCUCGAAGUUUGAUAUUGUGAAAAUGUCAAAGGGGGUCCCAGAUUAUUUUCAUAUAAUUAAGUAUAUCGUGGAAUAAUCUCCGUAAUGGAUUAUUCGAAAUUGCUCUUUUUGAAUUUUACAAUUUUUAUUUGUGCAUGUAAUAAAUUGCUCCGAUUCUGGUAUUUUUAACAAUAAAUUCUAUAAUGCCA